UUUUUUUCUUUUUUUGCACCUAAUGGGGAUGCGGAGCACACGCCUGAUCGCGGCGAUCACCGCGCUAGCCGCGGCCCCCGCCGCCGCACUGACGGUCGGCCCGACGCUUCGGCCGGCGGCCGGCGCGGCGCAGCGCACCUCCGGCCGCGUCCGGGCCGUCGCAGAGCUCGUGCGCGCAGACUCGCCGCCGGCGAUCGGCACCGCGCUGCCCGACUGCCCGCCGACGAUAUGGGACGCGGACGAGAUCGACAUCGAGGCGUGGCAGAAGCAGUACCGGGAGGAGGGUCUGCCCGUUUGCCCGAUUGAGAUCCACGCCACCGAGGCGGCCAACGCCGCGGGCGCCGCGUGGUUUGUCGAGCGGCGCGAGGAGCUCAAGGCGACGCUCGAGAAGCACGGGACGAUCUGGUUCCGCGGGUUCGAGCUGAUGAAGGAUGCGGACGGGUUCCGCUCCUUCUGGGAGUCGCUCGACCUCGACCCGUGCCUCGACCCGCUCCACACCUCGGGCCUCCGCAAGUUCCUCUCAAAAGACGACGCGCUGUACGAGGAGGUCAACAAGGAGUCGCUCUCGAAGCACUACAUCGGGCUGCACAACGAGAGCACGUUCAAGAAGACGGCAAAGGCGGGCGCCUUCGUCUGCUUCAAGCCCGCCACCGGCUGGGGAGGCGAGUUCUUCAUCGCGGACGGCGAGGCGAUCUUCCGCGAUCUCGACCCCGAGGUGCUCCGCGAGAUCAUGAGGCGGAAGGUCCGCAUCUCGGUGUCGAAUCUCGAUUUCGAUUUGCUCGACAAGCUGCCGCCGCCGCAAAAGGAGGCGGCGAUGCGCAAGCUCGAGCAGAUGGUUGCGGACGGCGUCGCGCCAAAGUUCGACAUGGACCUGGAGAUGCUCUGGGGGACGGACGGGCGCGCGAUGCGGCUGCAGGCCGUGCAGAACGCGCAGUCUCCGGUCAACCGCCACCCCGCCACCGGCCGGCCGGCGUGGUUCUGCAACCUGCACAACCAGGCGCGCUUCCUGCGCGAGCGGAGGCCGUGCGGCACGCCCGAGGUUGGCAUGACCGACAUCUACUUUGGCGACCUCUCGCUCAUCCCCGGCGAGAUGCUGCAGCACAUCAACGAGGUGUCCGAGAAGAACAUCGUCACCGUGCCGAUGCAGCCCGGCGAGGUGCUGCUCUGCGACAACUACCGCGUGCUGCACGGGCGUGACAUCUUCGACGGCGACCGCCUGCACGCCGUCUCCUGGUUCGGCGACGAGAAGCUGCAGGACGACAGCGCGGCCAACAAGCCGGGCGACCUGCUCAACGUCGUGCUCAACUCGGCCUUCUGACGGGGGGCGCAGCCAGCUAGUGGGGGGGCGCGGUACGCCAAACGCCAUGCGCAUGCAGCAUGGGCUCGAGGCCGAGCGUGGAACAGUGUGCAGUGAGAGACACUUGAGUCACUGGGCGAGUUGUGCGAGCAUGACGGCCGCUAGAUAGCGAGUGACGGGCGCUGAGAUGGACGGCCGGGCUGAUGGAUGUUCGUAUUGACAGCACACGGACGAUUAGAGUCGAUACACGCACACGCACUAAAUUAU